UUUGUUGUAUAAUAAUAGUUGUCUUGUCUGCCGGACCCUGUUCUUUUCACUCUUGCUUUACCUAGAGGCCAUGGUGACUUGGUAAAUAUGUGUUUUUGUUGUUUUCAGGGGUUGUUGUCAUUCAAGGAUGUGGCCAUAGAAUUCUCUCCAGAGGAGUGGGCAUGCCUAAACUCCCCUCAGCGAAUAUUGUACAGGACUGUGAUGUUAGAGAACCAUAGAAACCUGGUUUUUCUAGGACUUGCUGUCUCUAAACCAGAUCUUAUUGCAUUUCUGGAACAAAGGAAAGAGCCCUGGGAUGUGAAGAGCCAUGACACAUUAGCCAAACUUCCAGCUGUGAAUUCUCAUUACACUGUAUGCCUUUGGCCAGAGAGCAUAGAAACCUCCCUUGCAAAGGUGCCAAUGGGAAAAUAUGGUAAAUAUGUCCUUAAGAACUUAUGCUUACAAAAAUCUUGUAUAAAUAAAUGUGAGGAAUGUGGCAAAACCUCUAACUCUCAUUCACAUCUUAAUCAACAUACAGUGAUCCAUACUGGAGGGAAACCCUACAAAUGUGAAGAGUGUGGCAAAGCCUUUCGCAGUCGUUCACUUCUUACUCGACAUACGAUGAUCCAUACUGGAGAGAAACCCUACAAAUGUGAAGAAUGUGGCAAAGCCUUUCGCAUUCGUUCACUUCUUACUCGACAUACAAUGAUCCAUACUGGAGAGAAACCCUACAAAUGUGAAGAAUGUGGCAAAGCCUUUGACAUUCAUUCACUCCUUACUCAACAUACAAUGAUCCAUACUGGGGAGAAACCCUACAAAUGUGAAAAAUGUGGCAAAGCCUUUCACUCUCGUUCAUGUCUUACUCAACAUACAGUGAUCCAUACUGGAAUGAAACGCUUCAAAUGUGAAGAAUGUGGCAAAGCCUUUAGCUCUCGUUCACAUCUUACUCAACAUACUGUGAUCCAUACUGGAGAGAAACCCUACAAAUGUGAAGAAUGUGGCAAAGACUUUCACUUUUCAAAUUUUAUUCAACAUACAGUGAUCCAUACUGGAAAGAAACCCUACAAAUGUGAAGAAUGUGGCAAAGCCUUUCACAUUCGUUUACUCCUUACUCGACAUACAAUGAUCCAUACUGGAGAGAAACCCUUCAAAUGUGAAGAAUGUAACAAAACCUUUCACACUCAUUCACAUCUUACUCAACAUAAGGUGAUCCAUACUGGACAGAAACCCUACAAGUGUGAAGAAUGUGGCAAAACCUUUCACACUCAUUCACACCUUAAUCGACAUAAGGUGAUCCAUACUGGAGAGAAACCCUACAAGUGUGAAGAAUGUGGCAAAGCCUUUCAAGUGCGUUCACUCCUUACUCUACAUAAUAUGAUCCAUACUGGACAGAAACCCUACAAAUGUGAAGAAUGUGGCAAAGCCUUUAUGUCCCGUUCAGAUCUUACUCGACAUACAGUGAUCCAUACUGGAGCGAAACCCUACAAAUGUGAAGAAUGUGGCAAGGCCUUUCGCUCUCAAGGAGGAUUUGCUGGACAUAAGACCAUUCAUACUGGAGAGAAACCCUAUAAAUGUGCAGAAUGUGACAAAACCUUUCAGUUUCUUUCACAUCUUACCCAUCACACAGUGAUCCAUACUAGAGUGAAAUGCUACAAAUGUGAGCAAUGUGGCAAAGCCUUUCACUCUCGUUCACUUCUUACUCAACAUGCAGUGAUUCAUACUGGAGAGAAACCCUACAAAUGUGAAGAAUGUGGCAAAGCCUUUCAGUUUCGUUCACGCCUUACUCGACAUAUGGUGAUUCAUACUGGAGAGAAACCCUACAAAUGUGAAGAAUGUGGCAAAGCCUGUCAAACUCUUUCACGCCUUACUCGACAUAUGGUGAUCCAUACUGGAGAGAAAGCCUACAAAUGUGAAGAAUGUGGCAAAGUCUUUCCAAAUCGUUCACGCCUUAGUCGACAUACAAUGAUCCAUACUGGAGAGAAACCCUACAAAUGUGAAGAAUGUGGCAAAGCCUUUCAAUCUCGUUCACACCUUACUUCACAUAGGGUGAUCCAUACUGCAGAGAAACCCUACAAAUGUGAAGAAUGUGGCAAAGCCUUUCAAAGUCGUUCACACCUCAAUCGACAUACAAUGAUCCAUUCUGGAGAGAAACCCUAUAAAUGUGAAGAAUGUGGCAAAGACUUUCGCUCUCAUUCAAACCUUACUCAACAUACACUGAUCCAUAAUGGACAGAAUCGCUACAAAUGUGCAGAAUGUGGCAAAGCCUUUACAUCUCGUUCAUAUCUUACUCGACAUACAGUGAUCCAUACUGGAGAGAAACCCUACAAAUGUGCAGAAUGUGGCAAAGGCUUUGCUUACAACAUGAGUCUUAUUGAACAUCAGCGUAUCCAUACUGGAGAGAAACCCUACAAAUGUGCAGAAUGUGGCAAAGCCUUUAAGUCUCAUUCAGAUCUCACUCGACAUACAGUGAUCCAUACUGGAGAGAAACCCUACAAAUGUGUAGAAUGUGACAAAGGUUUUGCUCAGAACUCGACUCUUACUGUACAUAAGCGUAUCCAUACUGGAGAGAAACCCUACAAAUGUGAGGAAUGUGGCAAGGCCUUUCACUUUCACUCUGGAUUUUCUCGACAUAAGACCAUGCAUACUGGGGAGAAACCCUACAAAUGUGAACAAUGUGGCAAAGCCUUUCAGUUUCAUUCACGACUUACUCAACAUAUGAUGAUCCAUACUGGAGAGAAACCCUAGAGAUGUGAGGAAUGUGGCAAAGCUUUUCACUCUGGAGGAGGAUUUUCUGGCUAUAAAGACCAUCCAUACCAGAUGAUCCAUACUGGAGAGAAACCCUGCAAAAAUGCGGAAUGUGGCAAAAGCUUUACUGAGGACUCGAAUCUUAUUGAACAUCAGCGUAUCCAUACUGGAGAGAAACCCUACAAAUGUGAGGAAUGUGGAGUAUUUGCUGGCUAUAAGACCAUCCAUACAGGAGUGAAUCCCUAUACAUGUGCAGAAUGUGGUAAAGGCUUUACUCAGUACUCAAAGCUUAUUGAACAUCAGAAUUCCCAUACUGGAGAGAAACCCUACAAAUGUGAGGAAUAUAGCAAAGCCUUUUAUUCUCACUUUGGAUUUUUUCAACGUAACACCAUGCAUACGGGGGAGAAAUCCUACAAAUGUGAAUAA